GGCCAAGGGGCCCCCGGGAGCCAGGGCGGCGCCCCACGGGAAGACGCGGGGAAGCGCAGGCGGGCGACGAGGCGGGGCCAAGGCGCAGCAGCGCCUCCGACGGCCCGUCACCGUGGACAGCUCCAAGGCGCGCACCUCGCUGGACGCGCUCAAGAUCAGCCUGCGCCAGUUGCGCUGGAGAGAGUUUCCAUUUGGUCGCCGUUUGCCCUGUGACAUCUAUUGGCAUGGCGUGUCGUUUCAUGAUAAUGACAUCUUCUCAGGCCAAGUCAACAAAUUUCCAGGCAUGACUGAAAUGGUGCGGAAAAUCACCCUGAGUCGUGCUGUGAGGAUCAUGCAAGAUCUGUUUCCUGAGGAGUACAACUUCUACCCCCGUUCCUGGAUCCUGCCUGAGGAGUUUACCCACUUUCUCACAGAGGUUCGUUUGAUGAAGGACAGCAACCCCUCCUGGAAGCCCACUUUCAUUGUGAAACCUGAUGGGGGGUGUCAGGGGGAUGGGAUCUACCUCAUUAAAGAACCCAGUGAGGUCCGGCUGAUGGGGAGCCUCCAGAGCAGGCCCGCAGUGGUCCAGGAGUACAUCUCCAAACCCCUUCUGAUUGACAAGCUGAAAUUUGAUAUCCGGCUGUAUGUCCUACUGAAGUCCUUAGAGCCCCUUGAGGUCUUUGUUGCCAAAGAUGGACUCUCCCGGUUUUGUACAGAGCCCUAUCAGGAGCCAACCCUCAAGAACCUGCACCAGGUGUUCAUGCACUUGACGAACUAUUCACUCAACAUCCACAGUGGGAAUUUCGUGCACUCAGACAGCAGCAACACAGGCAGCAAGCGAACAUUUUCCAGCAUACUUUGCAGACUCUCUUCCAAGGGCAUCGACAUCAAGAAGGUCUGGUCCGAUAUCAUUGCACUAGUGAUUAAGACUGUUAUUGCAAUGAUCCCCGAUCUGAAGGUUUACUAUCAGUCAGACAUACCAGCAGGAAAGCCGGGGCCAUCUUGUUUCCAGAUUUUAGGGUUUGACAUUCUCCUGAUGAAGAACCUGAAGCCGAUUUUGCUGGAAGUCAAUGCCAACCCCAGCAUGAGAAUUGAGCAUGAAAAAGAGCUUUCUCCAGGAGUUUUUGAGUGUGUCCCAAGCCCUGUCGAUGAAGAAGUCAAGGUGGCUGUGAUCCGGGACACUCUUCGGUUAGUGGAUCCCCAUAAGAAGAGGAAGGAAGAUAAACUAUCUCAGCUUGUGGAGCUUGCAUCACAGGAAAACAAAGAUUUCCCUGAAGAAGACUCAAUAGACAAACUGGAGUUGGAGCCAAGCACUGUCCCUGAAAACAAUUUGCCCACCGUGUGCCUGAAGCAGGUGUUUCCAAAGUAUUCAAAGCAGUUUAACUAUCUGCGGCUGGUGGAACGGAUUGCUGUUUUGUUCAUCCGCUUCCUGGGCGUCAAAGGCACUACCAAGCUGGGACCAACGGGUUUCCGGACAUUUGUAAGAAACUGCAAGAUUAGUAACAGCAGCUUCAGCAUGGCAGCUGCAGACAUACUGUAUAUCGACAUCAGCAGAAAGUGGAAUAGCCUUGGAGUAGACCAAAGAGAAUCAGGGAUGGGCCUGCAAGCUUUUGUGGAGGUUUUCUUUUUUCUGGCACAGAGACGGUACAAAUCUCUCUCCCUCCAUGAGCAAGUGGAGCUGCUGACCGACUUCUGUGAGUACAACUUGGCUGCACUAGAUGAGAAGCGCAUGGCGUGUAGCCGCGGGAUCCCUGAGCGGCGCCCUGCCCUGGUCACCUGUCAGCAAGAUCGACUGCACCUCCGGCCUGCUUCUCGCACACUGCCUCUGAACCACCACCCUGUCACCCAUAAGCUGGUUGAUUACAGAAGUUCUCGGCCCUGAGGCCAUUUGGCUUGCGUCAGGGAAGAGCUGUGGUCUGAAAGACCCGAAGCUGGUUGUGUGUGCCAUGGGAGGCACCUGACUCC